AUGACUUUUUUUAAUUGCCGGAUUUCCAAAUGUGGAGAUGAUGCAGAAGUGUUCAGAAAUAGAAAAGGUUAUUUUUCAUUGAAUGUACAAACUGUCUCUGAUGCAAAAUUAAAGAUAUUAAACAUUGUGUGUCGUUGGCCAGGAUCUACACAUGAUUCUGCUAUUUUUCAAAAUAGCAGACUAUGCUAUCAAUUUGAGACAGGAGUGCAUGCUGCAGGAUUACUUUUGGGAGAUAAUGGAUAUCCUUUAAAAGUAAGAUAUAUGAUAUACAUAAUAAACAAUAUCUUAGUCACACAACCUUUAAAUUAUCUGAUGACACCCUUUUUAAGCCCACAAACAUCGGCCAGCAAAAUUAUAAUAGGGCACAUAUUGCAACAAGAAAUACAGUGGAACGACAAUAUGGAGUGCUAAAACGAAGAUUUCCUGUAUUGGCUACCGGAUUAAGAUUAAAAUUAGAAAAUUCUAUAAAUGUAAUAUUGGCAUGCUCUGUAUUACACAACAUUUGCAUAGAUAAAAAUGAAGAUGUCCCACCAGUAGAAGUAGAGAAUAUUGAAAAUGAUAUACAAAAUGGCCAAAUGGAAAGAAAUAUUUAAAAUGGUCAAAAUAAUUUAAGUCGAGAUAUACUUGUAGCUAGACAUUUUCAAUAAAAAAUUAAGAACUUCCUCACCUUUAAUUUUUUUAAUUAUAAGAUCCCUUAUUUCAAUAUCUUUUUCUAGUUUUCUUUUUUUGAGCUCGUGAAGUUCCAUUUCCCUUCUCAUUUCUGCAUCUAUU